UUCAGUUGGAUAGAGUAAUCAUGGGGCUGUGGACAUGUGGCUUGCUGCUAUGUGCAGUGGUCGUUUGCAUCACAGAAGGGCGGCAGUUGCCGGGUGACGAGGACUGGCUGGAGCUGGACACACCGCAGGGACCCGUGCGCGGCCGCAGGGACCCCAAUGCAAACCACUUGUACGCCUUCUAUAAUAUACCAUACGCUACUGCUCCAGUCGGGGAGAACAAAUACAAGCCUCCCCUACCGGCUCCAAGAUGGACAGAGCGAUUUGACGCCAUCAAUAGGCAUAUCGUAUGUCCACAAGCUUCAAUGCCUGACAUGGUGUUGGACGGGCAGGUACUGGAACAGGAAGACUGUCUUGUGGCCAAUGUAUUUGUGCCAGACACGCAAGAGAAAAACCUUCCGGUUUACGUUGUGGUUCACGGAGGAGCUUUUGUAAUCGGUUAUGGUGCAAUUGUAUCAUCGUCCCGUCUAUUGGAAAAUAAAGAUAUAAUAUUAGUCAACUUUAACUAUCGUCUUGGUAUUCACGGAUUUCUUUGCCUUGGUACCGAUGAUGUCCCUGGAAAUGCCGGUAUGAAAGAUCAAGUUGCAGCCCUCCGAUGGGUGCAAGAAAACAUUGCUAGCUACGGCGGAAAUCCAAAUGACGUCACGCUUGGCGGCUAUAGCGCUGGCUCCGCAUCAGUGGAUCUCUUAAUGUUGUCAAAAUCAGCUGAAGGAUUGUUUCACAGAGUAAUUCCUGAGAGUGGCGGAAAUCUAGCUGCAUUUUCAGUACAGAGAGAUCCUAUAGAGAGCGCGAAAUAUCAAGCCAGAAAACUGGGCUUUAAUAAUGUUGGAGACAUUUCAGCAUUGGAAGAGUUUUAUAAGACAGCUUCGCUUGAGAAAUUAACAUCGGAUGCAUUUAUGGAAAGACCUGAUUCUACAUUUCUUUUUGGACCAUGUGUAGAGCGUGAAACAGAUAGUGAAGCAUUCCUCACCGAAUCACCUCUUAGUAUAUUGCAGAAGGGCAGUUACAAGAAGUUACCAAUUCUGUACGGAUUUGCCAACAUGGAAGGCCUAUUUCGUAUGAACUUGCACAAUGAAUGGAAAGAAAAAAUGAAUGAAAAAUUUUCGGAUUUCUUACCAGCUGACUUGACAUUCGAAUCUGAAGCCAAAAAAGAGGAAGUAGCAAAUAAAAUUAAAAAAUUCUUUUUCGAUGACAAAUCAGUUUCCACAGAUAACGUAUUAAGUUACAUUGAAUAUUUUACAGAUGUCUUAUUUGCUUAUCCUAUGCUUUGGGCUGUAAAAAAAUACGUAGAGGCCGGAAACAAUGAAAUCUAUUUAUAUGAGUAUUCUUUUGUGGAUGAGAAUACCCCAUUAGUGCCAAACACUAAUGUAAAAGGUGCUGAUCACUGUGCUCAAACCAUGGCGGUAGUUGACGGCGAUGAAAGUGGUGAAUCCAUAGAAAUGCAAACUAUGAGAAAAAAUAUUCGUGAAAUAUGGCGCAACUUCAUCAAAACUGGUAAGCCGUCAUCCGAGUGGCAACCUGCAAGAGCGGACAGAUCCCCGUACAUGGACCUAGGAGUGAAAAUUGAGUUGAAAAACGAGCCGCUCUUGGGUCGACGGAAUGAAUUGUGGGAUGACAUCUAUAGCAAACAUUACCUUGACUCUGUUCCACCAUCAACACCGCCGAGCGGAGAGGACUGGCUGGAGCUGGACACCCCGCAGGGACCGGUGCGCGGCCACAAAGAUCCCGAUGCGGAUUUGUAUGUCUUCUAUAACAUACCCUACGCCACAGCUCCAGUUGGUGUAAACAAAUACAGACCACCCCUACCAGCUCCUAAAUGGACGGAACCAUUCAAAGCUACCAACAGGCAUAUCGUAUGCCCACAGCCUUCAUUUCCCGGUGUUGAGGUAGACGAAACCUUAGUGGAACAAGAGGACUGUCUUGUGGCCAAUAUAUACGUACCAAACACAGAAGAGAAAAAUCUCACGGUUUACGUUGUUGUUCACGGAGGAGCUUUUAUUAUGGGUUACGGAUCAAUGCUAACAGCGAAUCGUCUAUUGGAAAAUAAGGACAUGAUAUUAGUAAACUUUAACUAUCGUCUUGGUAUACAUGGAUUUCUUUGCCUUGGUACAGAAGAUAUCCCAGGAAAUGCCGGUAUGAAAGAUCAAGUUGCAGCUCUCCGUUGGGUGCAAGAAAACAUUGCCAGCUACGGCGGAAAUCCAAAUGACGUCACGCUUGGCGGCUUCAGUGCUGGCUCCGCAUCAGUGGAUCUCUUAAUGUUGUCAAAAUCAGCUGAAGGAUUGUUUCACAGAGUAAUUCCUGAGAGUGGCGGAAAUCUAGCUGCAUUUUCAGUACAGAGAGAUCCUAUAGAGAGUGCCAAAUAUCAAGCCAGAAAACUCGGUUUUAAUAAUGUUGAAGACAUUUCAGCAUUAGAAGAGUUUUACAAGACAGCUUCGCUGGAGGCAAUAACGUCCGAUACAUUUAUCGAUAGACCUGAUUCUACUUUCCUUUUUGGACCAUGUGUAGAGCGUGAAACAGAAAGUGAAGCAUUCCUCACCGAAUCACCUCUUAGUAUAUUGCAGAAGGGCAGUUACAAGAAGUUACCAAUUCUGUACGGAUUUGCCAACAUGGAAGGCCUAUUUCGUAUGAACUUGCACAAUGAAUGGAAAGAAAAAAUGAAUGAAAAAUUUUCGGAUUUCUUACCAGCUGACUUGACAUUCGAAUCUGAAGCCAAAAAAGAGGAAGUAGCAAAUAAGAUUAAAAAAUUCUUUUUCGAUGACAAAUCAGUUUCCACAGAUAACGUUUUAAGUUACAUUGAUUAUUUUACAGAUGUCUUAUUUGCUUAUCCUAUGCUUUGGGCUGUAAAAAAAUACGUAGAGGCCGGAAACAAUGAAAUCUAUUUAUAUGAGUAUUCUUUUGUGGAUGAGAAUACCCCAUUAGUGCCAAACACUAAUGUAAAAGGUGCUGAUCACUGUGCUCAAACCAUGGCGGUAGUCGACGGCGAUGAAAGUGGUGAAUCCAUAGAAAUGCAAACUAUGAGAAAAAAUAUUCGUGAAAUAUGGCGCAACUUCAUCAAAACUGGUAAGCCGUCAUCCGAGUGGCAACCUGCAAGAGCUGACAGAUCCCCGUACAUGGACCUAGGAGUGAAAAUUGAGUUGAAAAACGAGCCGCUCUUGGGUCUACGGAAUGAAUUGUGGGAUGACAUCUAUAGCAAACAUUACCUUGACUCUGUUCCACCAUCAACACCGCCGAGCGGAGAGGACUGGCUGGAGCUGGACACCCCGCAGGGACCGGUGCGCGGCCGCAAAGAUCCCGAUGCGGAUUUAUAUGUCUUCUAUAACAUACCCUACGCCACAGCUCCAGUUGGUGUAAACAAAUACAGACCACCCCUACCAGCACCUAAAUGGACGGAACCAUUCAAAGCUACCAACAGGCAUAUCGUAUGCCCACAGCCUUCAUUUCCCGGUGUUGAGGUAGACGAAACCUUAGUGGAACAAGAGGACUGUCUUGUGGCCAAUAUAUACGUACCAAACACAGAAGAGAAAAAUCUCACGGUUUACGUUGUUGUUCACGGAGGAGCUUUUAUUAUGGGUUACGGAUCAAUGCUAACAGCGAAUCGUCUAUUGGAAAAUAAAGACAUGAUAUUAGUAAACUUUAACUAUCGUCUUGGUAUACAUGGAUUUCUUUGCCUUGGUACAGAAGAUAUCCCAGGAAAUGCCGGUAUGAAAGAUCAAGUUGCAGCUCUCCGUUGGGUGCAAGAAAACAUUGCCAGCUACGGCGGAAAUCCAAAUGACGUCACGCUUGGCGGCUUCAGUGCUGGCUCCGCAUCAGUGGAUCUCUUAAUGUUGUCAAAAUCAGCUGAAGGAUUGUUUCACAGAGUAAUUCCUGAGAGUGGCGGAAAUCUAGCUGCAUUUUCAGUACAGAGAGAUCCUAUAGAGAGUGCCAAAUAUCAAGCCAGAAAACUCGGUUUUAAUAAUGUUGAAGACAUUUCAGCAUUAGAAGAGUUUUACAAGACAGCUUCGCUGGAGGCAAUAACGUCCGAUACAUUUAUCGAUAGACCUGAUUCUACUUUCCUUUUUGGACCAUGUGUAGAGCGCGAAACAGAAAGCGAAGCAUUCCUCACCGAAUCACCUCUUAGUAUAUUGCAGAAGGGCAGCUAUAAGAAGUUGCCUAUACUUUACGGAUUCGCCAACAUGGAAGGCCUAUUUCGUAUGAAUUUCUUCAAUGAUUGGAAAACACAAAUGAAUGAGAAAUUCUCGGAUUUCUUACCAGCUGACUUGACAUUCGAAUCUGAAGCCCAAAAAGAGGAAGUAGCAAAUAAGAUUAAGGAAUUCUUCUUUGAGGAUAAACCAAUUUCCACGGACAACGCAUUAGGUUACGUUGAUUAUUUUACAGACGUCAUCUUCGCUUAUCCCAUGCUUUGGGCUGUUAAAUAUUACGUCGAGGCUGGUAACAAUGAAAUCUAUUUAUAUGAGUAUUCCUUUGUGGAUGAGAGAACCCCAGUAGUGCAUGGAUUACAGGGUGCUGAACACUGUGCUCAAUCCUUUGCUGUACAAGACGGUGAUAACGAAAGUGAAGAAACCAUAGAAAUGCAAAAUAUGAGGAGAACUAUUCGUGGAUAUUGGCGCAACUUUAUCAAAACUGGUAAUCCUUCGUCUGCAUGGCAACCAGCUGGAGCUGACAGAUCCCCGUACAUGAACCUUGGAGUGGAGGUGGAGUUGAAAAACGAGCCGCUGUUGGGUCACCGGAAUGAGUUGUGGGAUGACAUCUAUAGCAAACACUAUCGGGACUCUGUUCCACCAAAGAUAACUAAUGACGCUUAGUUUAGAUAAAGUUUUUAAAUCGAGUUUUCUCCUAGCGCCGUUGAUAUUGAUUGUACAUAACAUAAUCUCAUCACAGUGACAGAAGAGUUAAAAUUAAGUUAGGUACUAAAUAUAGACCAAAUAAAAAAUGAUGAAAAUGAAAUGAAUGUGAAAAGAAGAGAUAAGUAAAUUUCAAAUGUUGAUGCACAUUGAACAAAAGCAUUUUGAACUUCCCCAAAUACAUUGUGGUAGGAUUUUGAAGAUGCGGAAGCAUUAAUAUAAAAACAUAGGGGUAGACGAAAGAAUUCAUAACUUAGCAACAAUCAUAUUACCUAAGAGUAGGUAUGAAAACCGAAACUGUAGGACAAUUAGUUUUUCCUAAAGUGUUAGUAACUUGUAUAGAAGUCCUUUAUAACACGUAUUCCGUACAUUUUCAACUGUAAAAAUAAAUAUGUGAUAAAAUAAUGAAACAUUUAACAAAUAUAUAUUAUGUAUUACGGUAAAUAUGUGCCUACUGAAAUAAUCACAUUGUUUGUCU